AUGGAGGCAGUUUUGGUUCCAUUCUCUGAAUCACGCAGUUUUAAUCCCCAAAAUUUCUCUCCGGCCACCGUUCACGGCGGUCUUUUCAACUUCCCUCCGCCGGCCGUCACAUAUUUCAGUCACCGCCACCACCAGCAACCGCCACUCCUCCCUUUGCCUCGCCGUCCAUUUCCCCCUCCGGAAACCGGAGCCACGGCGUUCUGCCGCCCAAAGUGUAAAUCCAGAGAUCAAUCUCUUACCCCAAAGAAAUCAAAGCCAAUUAAACGAAGUAAAGGAGGGCCACCGGCGGUGAAAUCGACGGUGGAGUUCGUGAUCGUUGAUUCCACGAAUCGACUGGGGCCGGAGCCGAGCCACGUUCCUAAAGAUUUAUGGAAAGUUUUAGGAUUACAGUCGUCGGCGCCGCCGUGCGAAGGUAGCCGGAGUUUAGGGACGGCAGCGGAGAUGGAAUUUUCGGGGUCGGCAUUCAGCGUUUCGCCGCCGCCGAGUAGCGUUCCGCUUCCAAAAUUCUCUCUGAGGCGGAAGGUGGUUAGUUGUAAUGUGGAGGCCGCCGGAGUAGACGCUGGAGCCACCGACAAUCUCAGGCGACUUUUGCGACUCCGAUGA